AUGUCAGCCGGAAUCAAGGGUAUGACUUAUUCUUAUAAUUCAAAUUCGCGUCCACAAAUGCGUGCAAUUGAACUUUCAAUACCCUUCAUUCAACGAGCGAUUGAAGUUCUCGAUCUUUCUUCUUUACCAUCGACACAACCAGUAAUUAUUGCUGAUUUUGGUUCAUCACAUGGUUUAAAUUCAAUGUAUACUAUGAAAGUAAUCAUUGAAAAUUUAAAAACAUCUAAAAAUAAACAGCGAUCAGUUCUUGUCAUUCAUAACGAUUUACCAACGAAUAAUUGGACAAUACUUUUCGAUCUACUCAAUAAAGAAAACAGUUCUUUUGGUUUAGCCAAUGGUCGAUCAUUUUAUGAAUAA